AUGCACGCUCUCUCUACCCUCGCCAUCUUUGGCCUCUCAUAUGUUACUCAGGCCCACAUGAUCAUGAGAGAGCCGACUCCUUUCGGCGCUUCCAAGCUAGCAAGCGACAAUGGACCUCUCAAACCAGACGGAUCAGACUACCCCUGCAAGGUUGGUUAUGACGCAGAGGGUGCAAGCAACAGCAUGCCCCUUGGCUCAAUGCAACAACUAGCGUUCACCGGAGGUGCCACCCACGGUGGUGGCUCAUGCCAGGUCUCCAUAACUUACGACGAAGCACCAAAUUCAAAAAGCACCUUUAAAGUCAUUCAUUCAAUCAUGGGCGGCUGCCCAGCUCGCAAUACUGCUGGGAACAUAGGAGAAAGUUCCACAUUCCUAGACCCUGACACCUACGCAUUCAAAAUCCCUGAAAAUUUGCCUCCCGGAAACGCCGUCCUAGCCUGGACCUGGUUCAACAAAGUUGGCAACCGUGAGAUGUACAUGAAUUGCGCUCCAGUAAAAUUGGUAGGCUCUGCCAAUAAGAGCGUCAAGGAAUCAAACGGUACUCGAGUCGAUGAGAAGGUUGCCGCUGCCUACGACUCACUCCCAGACAUGUUCGUCGCAAACAUUGGCAAUGGCUGCACUACCAAGGACAACACUGACCUUCAGUUUACCGACCCUGGAGAGAAUGUCGAGGUCAUUGCUAGCAACGCUCUCGCCGGACCAGUGGGAAACUGCGCCAGGUCCUCCAACACACCAGUCAAGAUUAGUCCCGAUGCCAAACCGGCCCCCAAGCCAGACACCAAAUCGGACCCUAAGCCAGAACCCAAACCGGCCCCAGAACCAGACACCAAACCUGACCCUGAAUCUGACGACCAGCCCGAACCUGAGUCAGAUGAUCGUUCAGACUCGAAGUCCAGCUCAAAGUCGGAUCCAAAGCCAGGCGCCUUUUUCUCAACAUCUCAGACUUCGCCUGCAAAGGCACACCCAGAACCAGCCACCUCUCCAGCCAAAACCUCAUCGGCUAGCAACACUGGUGAUGACUAUGAGGAAGAACAUACCGCCAGCUCCGCCUCAGUGGCCGAAAGUUCCAGUUCAAGCGCAACCAAAAAACCAUCAACUGACUUCACACCGUCUAAAGGCUCCCAAGGCAGUGUCUCCAACUCGUCCAAUGCGACACGCGUCGGUUCUGCCUGUGAAACUGAGGGGAAGUGGAAUUGCAUCGACGAAAAGUCUUACCAACAGUGCGCAAGCGGUACUUGGUCAGUUGUUAUGCCCUUGGCUGCUGGAACCAUGUGCGAAAAGGGCGUCAGUGAUGCUAUCAAGGUCAACGCAAUAAAAUCGCGCAACAUUAGAUUUUCCACAUCUCACCUACGGCGUCAUCUUGGUGGCUCGAGAAACUUUUGA